AUGGCUGGGGAGCCAUGGGCCGACUUGGAAGAUGAUGAGGAGGAAGCAAAGCCGGAUGCUUGGCAGCUGGCCAAAGUGCUGGUGGUCCGAAGUGGACAAGGAGCCAUCGUGAAGCUGUCUGGAAGCGACGAAAAAGCUUGGCUGCCACUCGAAAAGAUGCGAUCUUGUCCUGGCCGGAGUGAGGAGGAAAUCUGUGAGGCACUUCGGAAGCCGAUCAAAGUGCGCGUGGAUUCGAGUCGUCGACACACGGGCCUUCCCACUGCAACCAUGUGGAAUGCCGAAGACGACGAAGAUCAGGAUGGCGCAUUCCGCAGAUGGCAGCGACGAAAGGCUGAACGAGGCACGCGAGAAAGAGAAAGAAAGAUCGAUCAGCUUCGAAGGGCCUACGACCCAUCCGAGUGGUUGGAUGGAAGCGUCGCCUCUGUGAAGAACUUCGGCAUCUUCGUGGACACCAUCCACGAUGUUCGUGUGAUGAUUCCUGUCGGUUACAUUCCAGACACCCUGCUUCUCAAUGGAACGCCGGACCUGGAUGUUGGCAGCUCCGUCCAGUUCCGGAUCUGUGGCUACCGUGGCAAGGACCACAAAGGCCAAGACCGAUUCAGCUGCUCCAUGCUUCCGCCAGCACCCCCGAAGGAGGAGGAAGAGAGGAGCACUGGCAAAGGCAAAGGCAAGAUGCAGAAGGGCUCCAAAGGCGGUGCCGACCGUGGCCGGAAAGGUGGACCAGCGAAUGGCGAGCAGACCUCAGGCUACUCCGUUUGGGUGCCCGACCGUGUGCUGGAAAGCGAAAGCACCCUCGCGCGGCAGGAGAAGUUUGAGGUGAAUGCCCUGCACGCCACAUACCUUGAGGAACAGUACGGGCAGACAGACCGCAGGGCCACCCUGGCGAGAAAAGGCUUCACGGUGGUCGAUUAUGCGACUUCCUUGCAGCUGGCCCAGGCCAUCAAGCCCAAGACCGAAGCCAAAGCUGACGUGACCACUGCGCUGAAGCCGACGCCCGUGUGGCUUACCUUUGAGAGCCGCCGAAAGCUUGUCGGCAAGAUCCAGACCAGCCCAUCGAUGACGACUUCCGAGAAAGAGCGCUUGGCCGUGGACGCUGCCCUCGCGGUGGCAAAUGAUGCCAUCCAGGACGGCGCCAACAUCCGAAAAGUGGACGUCAACGAUGACAAGGUUCUGAUCCGGCUCUCGACCGACGGCGGUUUGCAAUUCUGA